AUGUCGGCUGCCAGCACCGAGACUAGUGCCCCUCUGCCCACCGCCGGCAGCCGCGUCUUCUUCCAAGGUGCGUCCGGGGUGAGCUGCGUGGGCUCCGGCCCUAUCACCGGGGACGACCCGGUGCAGAAGCGGCAGGGCAAAGUGACGGUGAAGUACGACAGGAAGGAGCUGCGGAAAAGACUCGUGCUGGAGGAGUGGAUCAUCGAGCAGCUCAGCGAGUUGUACGACUGCGAGGAGGAGGAGAUGCCUGAGGUGGAGAUAGAUAUAGAUGACCUGCUGGAUGUCACCAGUGACGACGAGAGAGCCAGCAAACUGCUGGAAUCAUUAACAGACUGCUACAAACCAACAGAGGUUUUUGUCCGUGAGUUGCUGGGCAGGAUAAGGGGAAUGAGAAAACUCAGCGCUCCCUCCAAGAAGGGCCUAUAAUCGCCGCCGUGUCGGCCAUCAAUCAGACAUCAACUACAUCCUCUCAGCACCACCUGCUUACCUGCACUCCACAUGGACUGUCAUCACACGCAAAAUAAGUUGUUGAAACAUUAGCCAAUGCAAUCCUGCACCAUCAAAUCCAUGCAUAUAGCACCACAAGGUUUAUUAUAAUAUUUGACUGUUGAAAGGUACGUUAGCCAAACCGAGGCCACAUAGUGUAAUCGCAUACAUACAGCCGCAGGAAAAUGUAAAACCCCGCAACGUGCCAGAACUGCAACUGUGCUUUACCAUGAAUACCACCUGAUAUGACCUUACAUGUCAGAGCCAUGUUAAAACCGCUGCUGUAAUUCCAACAGCCAUACAGACUUAAGACACCGAUAAAUCUCAAAAAGGGAGGUGGUAAAAAAAAAAAAAAAGUUUGUACUGACGUAGGUGUUAAAUUAGCUGUAGCACUAUGUAAACCCAGUGCUAAAGGAUUUUGUCUUUUUUACUGAGGUGUUUUGCUGUUGAUUCUUUUUUUCAAAAAGUACUGUAUGUUGUUCACAGGAUUCAUAUGUGGUCUUCAGUUAGUUUUUUUUCCUUCUUUAAAGUCGACCUCUUUAUCCUUCCUCUGUCAGUUCUUGCAAAUCUAAGUUUUAUUUUAGGCACAAGGCGUGAAUACAUCAAUUCUGUCAGUUUAUAUUCUGGUAAAGAGUGGCGACAAUUUAGCGGAGAGUUUUGCUUUCUACCCACUGUUCCUCAUGCACUUUCCACCACAGCAAGGCAUGAUGGGUGUUGCAGUUCUCUCUGCAACGCCUAUAUGAUUGGCAGUCUUUCACUUAUCACGUUACGCGGUGUUGCUCAUGGCUUGUCCCUCAUCGGAAUACAUAUCAGUUGAUUGUAUAGGUUUAAGCACAAAGCCCAAACGUCAAUUGUCAUAGCCGGUUUCACUUAACUCUACUAACUAGCCUCUCGAAUAGUGGUCGAUGUUGCCUUUAAGGACAUUCAGGAUCAGUUCACCUUUUACUAAGCACUGAACCUUAACUACUGACCACCUAAACAUUAAAUUUGGUGGAAUCAGAACCUGAAGACAACUUGAAAUUGUUGACAUUUAAACCUGUUGGGCCCUUCAAGGGAAGGUGUGCCAAACCUAAGGUUGUUACAUCCUAAAUGUUACAGGUCACGGAGGCGUUAGGGUGACACAACAUUUUCACAGAGACUGUUUGUCAAAUUUGUUUGGAUGUUUCAAAACCUUUCCCCCCAAGUUGCAGAAAAUGAGUUGUAAUCGCAUAAUCCCAGGUUUAAAAGUUACUCACUGUUUACUUGCUACUGAAUUUCUGUGCACCAACGCACUUCUCAAAAAGCUGUAAGCUCUGGUACAAUCGUGCUCUGUUAUGGGGUUGGGCCCAGUUUCAUUUCAGGGCAGUCAAUCGUGAACCAACUGGAAUGGAUAUAUACAGUUUAUACCCUCAGCUGCCACAGACAAAAGCAGGGCAAUGUUUGAUUUUAACAUAACACUUCCAAGCCACCCGUCUUGCAUGCUAACAACAGAGAAAAACAUUAAUGAAGAGUAUAUAUAUUAUAAACUUGUAAUCGAGCAAAAAAAAUACUUUUUAGACUUAACUACCAUAUAUGACUUUGUAGAACUUUUUUUGUUGAAACAACGUGACCGUCACGUUGGAGAGAAUCCAGGAAAUUUUUAAAUGGUGCUGUUUUUGAUGUUCUUCCCAGGUUUAGGUUGUAAUAAGAGGGGUUUUCACUGUCCGAUUGAUGCCAGAGAAAUGUGUCUGAAAUAAAUAUGUCUGUCUCUAUGGAUGGAGUGCAUUCAGUCUAAAGUAUAGCAUCCUCUCUCGAUUUCCUCUCCUCAGUCUGAGCUGGGAUGGAUCAGUGUCACCACACUAGCUAUGGUGGAUUUAUUUAUAAAACGUCAUGUGUUUGCUGGAUCAGAUGAAUAGGAAGGAGAAGUCGAAGAGGAGGCCAUUUCAGGCAGCUGAGAUGCAUCCAGGAUUUGUGUCAAGGUCCUCCGUAGGAUUUUCUCUGUCAAGAAGUGGUUCAGUUCAGAAGGCUGAUAUUUUAUAAUUUAUGGGAUUUCAUGUAUUUUGGAAGUGUCCAUACUAGAAAGCUUUACAUUUGCAUGUAUUUUUAAAGUAGCAUGUUGAAGGGAACAUUUUGUUGGCCCAAAGGUUUUUAUUUCAUAAAAUAAACACUUUCCUUUUUAUACCUUUUAUUAUUAUUAUUACAAUUAUUAUUCAGACUAAAAAAUUCUGUUUUUUUUCUCUUUUGUUUUUCUGUACAUCCACAAUACGCGUCCUUGUUUUUAAAAUGUAAUGUGUUGUGUGGUUUGUUUUUGCUGAUAAUAAAAAUGCAGAACGACUCUGUACUGUUUAAACGUA